AUGGCCCACUCCACGCGUCCCGAACACAAGAUCAACCUCGACAACCUGCCACAAGUCAACUUCCAAUCCCGCUCCGCCUCGUCCACGACUGCCAAUUCACCCAACGAGCCUCCCUCGGGCUCAGGCUUGAGGUACCCGCUAGGCAACAGCUUGGCCUCUGCUGGUGCCAUCGGCUUGGUCAACAGGUCUGGAGCUGGCUCUCCCUCGAAAGAAUAUGGUAGCCGUCUAUUUAGCAAGAGAGCUCGCGAAAUCCAGGCCCAAGAAGGCGUGAGCCCCCAGAUUUGGGGUCCGCCAACCUCAGGCAGCGGUCACUCGACACCUCUACGCGAAAUCAUACCAGAGUCGCCUAGCAGUGACAGCUUUCCAGACUUUGACCAAUCUGCUACCGAUCUAAGUGCCGCACCUGCUACCGGCCGCCGCGUGCGAGCAGGUACUGUGCCAUCGCGAUUUCCUCCUGUCGGCACUCUUGGUCACCAAUCUUCUCAGCCUUCGUUGUUGCCAAAGACCUCACGUCCGACGCCUUCCACCAGCCCUCUUCAGGCCACCAUUGGCACGCCUCCAGACUCGAGCACAGCCACAGCCUCCGCCAUCAACCCUUCUCAGAAGUCCCUGCUCUCACGCUUGAGAGCAGGUUCCAUGCCCCAGCGCCCCGCUCUUCUCAACAACACGCCCGGAGGCUUCGGGCCACCAUACUUUUCCAACGGAUGGACCUCUGGUCGGGAGAGAGCGUCCACGCUGCAAAGCAUUCGCUCUUCCGAUGGCCCCUCGUCUCCUGCACAUUCCUCGCGUGACUCUUUCAAUGACAACGAUGUCAAGACCCUGGACUACCUUGGUCUUGUCGAUACACCCCAGCCUGGUAGACCGCAUCAUUCUAACAUGAUCGGUGGCGUUCAAUCGGGCAUACCAGGUCCUACUAUUGCUGAUCUUGCCGCAUUGAACGCUUACAACAGGAAUGCAAACCGCUUCAGAUCCUACUCGGUCAACGCAAAGGAAAAAUACGCAGAUGAUGAGGAGGAUGACUAUGAAGCCUAUGCAAGCAUGUACGGUGUUCCAUCUGGAGCAGACAUCACUGCCGCACAAGCUCUGGCUGUUCAGGAGGCCGUUCGCCAGCACAACCUCGAGGUUCAAGCCUUCACAAAUCUGGCCAGUGCUAGCAGACCUCGUGCCAGGACUGCAGGUGUACUCGACUCCCCUUCUUCCAGGCUUCUUCGCAACUAUAUUCCCACCCCUUCGCGUCUGGAUAAUAGCAUCUCUGCAUCCGACUUCCAAGAGCACGAAGGUCUCGACUACAGUGGACUCGCCGAUGCUGUACAACAGAUGCACCUGGAUCAAAAGCCAAUGCUCGAUAUUUCUGACGACAGUCUCCUUGAGAACCCAACACGUGCUCUCUGGCUCGGCAAUAUCCCGCCCUCGACAACUGUCUCUUCGUUGAAUGUCAUCUUCGGCAAUUUUGGUCCCAUCGAGUCCACCAGGGUCCUCACUCAUAAAAGUUGCGGUUUCGUAAACUUCGAAACCUUGGAGAGCGCUGUUCAGGCCAAGUCUCAACUUAACAACAAGGAGAUAUUCCCUGGAGCUGGCCCUAUUCGCAUCGGCUACGCAAAGGUCCCAAGCAACACGGUCACUCCUGGUGCACCGGGUUCCUUCCACUCUCCCAGUCCUGAUCCAUUCGCUCGUGACAACCAGAUUGGUAACGCUGGCGACUCAGCCGGUCUCAAGCCAAUUAACAUCAACGCAGAGACUGCAGCUGCCGCUCUGCUCACCCCGAACCUCCGUGACAUGCGCAGCGAAAUCUACGGCAUUAUCCAGGAACUAGGUGCUAACAAGGAGGAACAAGUCAGAAUUAACACCAACGUCGAGCAAGCUAUCAGCUACGAUCUUUACCACCCUGAGAUUCCUGCUGUCCCAGAACCCAGCCCGAACCGUGUCCAUGAUGCCCCUCGCUUACGUGAGAUUCGGAAGCGCAUCGACAACAACAGCUGCUCACCCGCUGAGAUCGAAAACAUCGCCAUGGACAUGUUGCCUGAGAUCGCCGAACUCGCCUCUGACUACCUGGGCAACACGGUCGUACAGAAGCUAUUCGAAUACUGCUCGGAACCCGUCAAAGAGGCCAUGCUGCGCGAGAUUGCUCCUCACCUUGCCGAGAUUGGUGUUCACAAGAACGGCACUUGGGCUGCCCAGAAGAUCAUCGAUGUGGCCAAAACACCCGCUCAAGUCAACAUGAUUGUCGAUGCGUUGCGUCCCUACACACUGGCAUUAUUCCUGGAUCAAUAUGGUAACUACGUUAUCCAGUGCUGCUUGCGUUUCCAGGCUCCUGGCAAUGAUUUCAUCUUCGACGCCAUGCUUCAAAGGCUGUGGGAGGUUGCCCAGGGCAGAUUCGGUGCUCGUGCUAUGAGGGCUUGUCUUGAAAGCCACUUUGCUUCGAGAGACCAACAGAGAAUGUUGGCAUCCGCCAUUGCUCUUCACAGCGUGCAGCUUGCAACCAACACCAACGGUGCUUUGCUGUUGACCUGGUUCCUCGAUACUUGCACUUUCCCUCGCCGCCGAUCUGUACUCGCUCCCCGACUCAUCCCUCACUUGGUCCAUUUGUGCACACACAAGGUCGCGUACCUGACAGUGCUCAAGAUCAUAAACCAAAGAAGUGAAGCAGACGCUCGCGAAGCGGUUCUGCGCGCUCUGUUCUUCUCCCCUAAUGAUGCCGUUCUGCAAGACGUACUCAGUGAUUCGGCUUGCGGAGCGACUUUCAUCUUCAAGGUACUUACUACACCCUUCUUGGAUGAAAAGAUGCGCCCGGAGGUUUUGGAAAAUGUUCGCAAUGUGCUGCUGCGCCUCAAAGCACAACCUCAACAAGGCUACAAGCGAUUGAUGGACGAGGUUGGUCUUUCAACCCGUCAUGGAGGAGCAUCCGCUAGCCGUGAUGCUAGCCAAACCCGUUCCUCAUCGAGAGGUCCUGGUGCAAACGGUCAUAUGGCUCAUCUUGACAAUCAGAGUGUUUAUGGACGUCAGCAGUACGGAGGUAUGGCGCCUCAACAGCCUCUCGAGCACAUGAUGGGACCUACGCUCCAAAGAACCGCCAGCAUUGACUCCAACGCCUUCGACCCCUAUGGAAAUUCAGGCCUCAUGACCCCGGCCUACACGCAUAGUCCUGCGAUGUCAAACAUUUCACCAGUCACGCCUCAGCAGAUGCAGUAUCAACAGGCCAUGCUCGCCCAACAGCACGCGGCAGCUCAGAGACCUGGUGGAUUUUACCCUCCGAUGAAUGGUUUCGGACCUGGAGGCUCUCAGAUGAUGGACCCUUAUGGAAGAGGAAGCCUCAACGCCUCGCCGAUUGCCGCUCCUGGUGCACAUGCGAUGCAGAACGGAUACGGUCCACCAGGAUUUAACCCCAAUGUGGGCAUGGGUGGAUACCAGUAUCCUGUAGGCUAUUAUCCUCAGCAGCAAGGUCAGGUUGGUGGCGGUGGGCAGCGCAGAGGACGUGAGGGCGUCAAAGUGUUUUGGGCGGAAAAAGCGUAG